AUGUGUGGGUGUGAUAUGAACGCGAACACCGCAUGCUCUCGGCGUCGUCAUCACGCGACGGUGGUGGCUGGCGAUCCCUUCUGUAGCGUCGCGACGCCACUUGACGACCACCGACGCUCAGUGCGCUCUGAGGCGUCUUCCAUCGUAGGAGACAUGAAGAUCGCUGCUGGUGGACACGUGUCGCUUCUCCUGGUGGCUCUUUGUUGCUGCGUGUUGAUAGUUGUCGCUACGGCACAAGCCUCGAACGUGCCGUAUUUUGACGAUGAUCAAGGAUAUCCAACGUCAGAAGAUGAUUAUUCUGAAAAUUCCAUCGACAGCCUUCUACAACCUGCACAAAAACGAGCUUGUAUCCGAAGAGGUGGAAAUUGCGAUCACAGACCGAACGAUUGCUGUUACAACAGCUCGUGCAGAUGCAACUUGUGGGGCUCUAACUGUCGUUGCCAACGAAUGGGCCUCUUUCAAAAAUGGGGCUAAUUUCUCACGUUAAAUUUUAGUUUUAUGACCCGAUGGUUUGUUUUAGUUUUACCAGUUUUUAGUUUUCACUGAUUAUUGUUUCUCGUUUUUUGUUAUCGGGUCAUUAUAGGACAGAUUAUUCAUAUCGGACCGGAUAUUCAACAGGUUGCCUAGAUAUACACUUAUUUUCGUCGUUUUUUCCUUUUUAAAAGACUGACUUUUUGACAGGUUUUUAAAAAAAAACUCUAGGAGACUUCGUUGAACUUUCCGGUCCAGACCACCUGCUUCGAAUUACGGCUGACGAUUAAACUAUUUAGGAUAAGUGAAUUUUUGAUUUAUUCCUAUUGUGUCAAAUUGUUAUUAUUAAGAUAUUUUCUUAACCAAAUUUAGCGUAUUGGGGCCUUAAGGAAUUCAUAAAGAAAAACGGCAGAACCAUUAUAGUUCUUUAAGGUUUCAAAGUUAGCUGCCUUUCUACUAAGAGUAUAUCCAGCCACAUUCUUAGUAGAACAGGACAUGCCUAACUUUAGUUAAAUUACCAUUUACAGAGUUAGAGAUAAACAUGCGCACUUGCCGUUUAUACAUAAAAUCGCAAUUUAUAUCUUUCUCUAACUCUAUAAAUGAAUAGUAACAUAUAUAGCAUAUAAACCUAUAGUGUAUAGAAUACUGUGGUAUUGCAGCCACCCCAAAAAAAUCUUGUCAGUAGAGAUUAUAUCCUUAUAGAGCUAAUGUUAUACUAAUUUUAACAUACAUAUUGAGACUAAACAAAUAUUUAUAUAUGUGAGAAGGGUACAACGUUCAGGAUUCUGUCAAUAAAUAUAAAAUAUAUCAAUUGGCCUAAA